AUGUCGGGCUCGGCCUCCAGCGGCGAGGGAUCUAACAAUCGGUCAAUGCAGUCGCGGACCGGGCGGAGCAAACAACGGUACAAUGCGCAAGGAGAACGACUUGUCGCCGGCGUCGUGCCGCUCAGCGCAGAUCGCAAUCGUGUCAUUCUGAUCCAGUCCACCCGGCGCAAGGGCUGGGUCCUGCCCAAAGGGGGAUGGGAGUCGGAUGAAUCAUGCCAGGAGUCUGCCGUGCGGGAAGCCUGGGAAGAGGCCGGCAUCACGGUCAACAUCGAGUACGAUCUGGGCAACUUCGAGGAGAAGCGGCCGCCCAAGACGUCCAAGGACCGGUCUCGCUACUACUUUUAUCAGGGCACCGUGGUGGACCAGCUGGACGACUGGCCUGAAAAGGACAAACGAGAGCGCGGAUGGUUCACGUAUACACAGGCAAUCGAGGUCCUCGUCAACAGGCCCGAGCUCCAGGAAGCUUUGAACCGCUCCUCGAUGAACAGGACAUGA